AUGAAAAAGGCCCAAAAUGAAAUCUUAAAAUUUGCUCCGUUCGACUUAAAAAAUAUACAGUCCCUGAUGAAUUUUUACAAAAUGUUAAGCAAAGAUUAUAAAUGUGGAGAGCUGCACGAAAAUAUCAUUUUAAAUCCAAACAAGAAGUCAUCCUUCCUCUACUUGGAACAGAGACAAGACGAAAUCAUUUUCGGUUUCAAGGACACCAAUAAUGACUUAUAUCAGAGUCUGCUAAAAUCAAAAGACAACAAAAUUUUUGGCUACAAACAAACCAAGCAAGAGGAAAUAAUUGCCCCGUUAAUUAAGAACAUAAAAAAUUAUUCCUACAUUGAGGGAGGCGCCCUAGUGACUUUUCACAAACCCCUUCUGAAGAGUUACAUGCUCACGCAGCUGCAGAGGGUGAAGCAGCUGUCGAAGCAGUCUGAGAUGAAGCAGCUGUCUCAGAUGUCUGAGCUGUCUGAGUCGCCUGAAAUGUCUGAGUCGCCUGAAAUGUCUGAAAUGUCGAAGCUGUCUGAGAUGUUUGAGCCGUCGGAGCUCCCUCACAUGUCGGACAAGUGA